AUGUCGAACAACUCGAACCCACGCCAUGGCCAAGGAACGCUGGAAGCGUGGCUCUCGAGAGGAUCAUCGUCAAGACGCGCUGACCCCACGCCUGGCAAUGCGUCUUCAACAAGACGUGGUUCAGCGAGGCCUGGCUACCGCAGCGGUCGGAAGGACCCGUUCCGACAAGGUGCAGCGCUGGCAGCCGUAGCUCAAGAGACCCGGGCAGUGCUUCCCAGCAUCUUGGACCAGUUGCCACAUAUUGAUGCAACAAAGGCCGAACGCCACUUUUACAGCACCCUGCCUCGUCUGAAUGCAGCUGAUUGUCCACGGAGAACAGCCUCGGGACAAACCACGAUCAGAGUUAUGAACGAUGACAGUUUCAACGCUGCCAUUGCCCUGGACACCACCAAAGGACCUACCUCAGGUCGUGUUGCCGUGUUGAACAUGGCCAGCCACGUCAGUCCUGGCGGAGGAUGGUUGAAGGGAGCACGGGCUCAAGAGGAGGCCUUGUGUUAUCGAAGCUCGCUAUAUCUUUCACUACAUCGACGAUACUAUCCUUGGAAGCAGCGCAUGGGUAUCUACACCCCCAACGUUGUCAUAAUUCGUUCCGACCAAGAGUCUGGCAACAACCUCCUGAUGCCUCACAUACCACCUGCAAAACUCCCGGUUGUCAGUGUUCUCAGCAUCGCCGCAUUGCGCACACCUCCUACCGCCAAUGUUGUCAAGCAGGUACAGGGAGGUUCUGUUACCGAGACUGUUUUUGCGAAGCAAUCCGACCGGGAGCUCACCAAGCUCAAAAUGAGGCUUUGUCUCAGAAUUGCGGCGCACAGAAAUCACGGAUUGCUUGUGCUCGGUGCUUUGGGAUGCGGUGCGUUUCAUAAUCCACCAAGGGAGGUAGCUCACUGCUGGCUGGAGGUGUUGAAGGAGGCCGAGUUUCAAGGUGGUUGGUGGGAGGAGGUAUGGUUCGCCGUGUUUGAUAAAAAAGGUGAAGGCAACCUGGAGAUCUUCGAGGAGGUGCUCCAUAACGUCUCUGUCUAA